AUGGCUCCUGAGGCCCCUGAUCCUCAAAGCCUGAAGUCAUGGAAUGAUGCAUUCCAAUACCCGAUUCCCACGGUCCGCCGUGUGGAACAGGAGCUGCGCCGGGACAUCGCGAGCAAUAAGGAGAAACUCCGAGCUCUCGUGGGGGUGCGAUAUCGUGACUUAAUUGGAACUGCUGAGACAAUUGUGGCCAUGAACCGAGACAUUCAAGACGUGGAAUCCAUUCUGACCGAUGUUGGACACCAGUGCAAUCCUCGACUUAUCGAAAGGAAGCACAUUCACGUCCGGCAAAUCAAGGCUGGCGAUGCUGAGAAAGACGCAAAGAAGCACGCAUUCGGAGCACAGCUUUCUCUCCUUCACCGCUGUACAUCCUCUAUCAGCCGGCUUUUGCGACGUCGCAGUUCGUUCCUGUUGGUUGCGAAGAUUCUAGUUGUUUCCAGGUCACUCCACAACACAAUAUCGAAACAUGAAUCACUCCCUCCAUUCCUUGAUGAUCUCUGGAAGCAGGUAGCAUCCCUCCGACAAACACUUCUCAAACGAAUUAAUAAACGCCUUGCCUCUGCAAGCGCUACAGAAGAAACUAUCAUUGAAUCGUUGGCCGCCUAUUGCCUCGUAGAAAGCCCUUCUUCCGAUGAUGCGAUUCGUCAUUUUUACCGAGUGCGCCUGGACCUCAUUGUUAGCCAGCUAGAUACAUCUCGUGAGAAUAUUCCCAGAGCUCUUCAGCUGUUUGUUCGGACAAUUCAGACCUCAAAGGUUUUGCGAUCCCAUCGAUUCUCAGAUGUGCUCUUGAAACUUAAAGCUCGACCCCUCCUCGCCGACCCAGAGAUUCAGAGCAUAGAUGGACUGGAGGUGGAAUUUCUUGGUCGCUGGGUGGCUCCAGAUGUGAAAAAUUUCACCCCCUGGAUUAAGCUCAGCGAAUUAAACAGAACCCAGGGUGUGGAAUCGAUCAAGGAAUGGUCACUCGAGGCCUUUAAGAAAUUCUCCGAAGGCUGCCAAAAGAGCCUGGCCCACAGCACCGAUUUCUCCGAGCUCCUCUCUCUCCGUGCAGAGACUGUGGAAUUGUGGCUAUCAUCAUGGGGCUCAACCAUCAUGCACGGCUCAGUAAAUGUCCUCGAAAAUCUCCGAAAUAUCUUCAAUGACCACCUUGCCAGAAUCCUGAAUCUGCAAGCACAAAGCCUAGGCGAAGUCGGCACUCAAGUUUUAUCGAUAAUAUCAGACUGGGAGAACACCAAUCACAAACCCGUCGGAUCUCUCUGGGAUGCCGAUCUCAGUACCGCAGAAUACAUGAAUGGCGCGCAGGCAUUCAAACAAACCGUCGCAGAUAGAUUAUUGGGUCGUGACGAAGACGUCUCUACCGUUCUUGCAAAUUAUCAGGCAUGGCUCGCAUCAAUCCAAAAAUUCAACGAAUCCAUCGACUCUCUACGCCGCACAAGAUGGUCCGACAUUCUGGUCGGGGCUGAAGUCGAUGAUGAAGAUGUGGACAUCUCACCUCGACUCAACGAAGAUGACCCCCGACAUCUAUCCGAUUCUCUUCAUUCUGCCGUUCGCGACGCAUUUACCAGUCUCCAGACUUCAUUCAGCAACGCUUUCAAGUCGCUCAACCCCUCGCAUUCAAGCGAAAAAGCUACUUUCCUACUGAGACUUAUACGACUCGUCCGGCGAGAUAUGCCCGCCGGCUUCAUAUCUGGAGAAUUUGUCUUCUCGAGCGAAACAGUUCCUGAUCUACAGAAGUUGCUUGCAAGAGAGGUAGUCGCCAAGGCUGGCUCGCUGAGCUUGAUUCCGUCCCCGAAGAGCAACCCCCAGACAGGUAAGAUCAAGAUCGUACCCGGCCGAUCGCUCUGGGAAGGCAAGCCUGCCAUACCGGUUCAGCCUUCGGCUUCGAGCUUCAAGCUCCUCCGUCAGCUUACCUCCUCGAUGGAUACCUGCGGAUUGGAUCUGUGGGAUCCGUCCACGGUGCAUGCAUUGAAGCAAGAAUUGAAAACGAAGCUUGAGGCAGCUAUCUCAUCUGCUUUGGAUGAUCUCGACAGCGAAAAUGUUCUCAGCAAGGCUGACAAGCCCACUACCAGCGGAGAUAAGGAAAAGGAAGAUAAUUCCACGGAGAAAUUGGAGACCCAAAGCCCGGAUCCAGAUCAAGCCGAGGGCCUGCGCGACUUGAAGGUUCAGCUCUUCUUCGACUCUCUGUACCUGUCUCAGAUGCUCGGCGAGCAAAAUAAGCUGGCUGGUGUUGUCGAGCGUGCUCAGAGGUGUUCCGGUGCCAGUGCAGAGACUGUUGGGGCUAUCAAGAAGCUUGCAACUGAGUACUGGACUCGGACGGAGCUGCUGUUUGGUCUCUUGGCAAAAUUCUGA